AUGAACUCGGUAUCGAGUUGGAGACUAUUACUAUUUGUGGUGCCACUCUGGCUUUUCUUCAUUUCAAAAGUAUCAGCAGAGGGUGGGGUAGACUUCCAAAAGGAUAUACAUGAACCAUUGAGUGCCAAUCCAAUUGAAAAUGACUUAUUAAACGAAGUAAACUUGAGCGGAAGGGGCUUUUAUGAUAGAGGAAAUGAAGUAGAGUUAGCUCGCGGGAAGCGAGAUGGAGAUAAUUUGUUGUAUGAAUUUUCCCCAGUUGCUAAUACAAUUUUACAAAGUGAAACUCAAUAUUAUUCAUUUAAUGUGAAUUCUACUACUGGGUUAGGUGAAUAUUAUCAAUUUUUGAUUUUCAUUACCGGUAAUAUAUGUCUGCAGCCACUGGAAGCUGCACUUGCACAGAAUAAUGCAUCAUUAACUGCAUAUUUUUCAUUUAAUUCUUCAAUGUUUGAUGAUUUUGAAAUUGGAACGAUGGCCCAUUUUGAGAAUGGAUAUUUCCAAGCACUUCAAGAGGUUCCGAUGAAAAGUCCAGGAAGUAGUGAUGAAUCUAUUUUAUAUAUCGCUGUAAGGGCACCAGAAAAUACCAACAAAAGUGUUGAAUGGCUGUACCAAAUUGGUGCUUCACAGAAUGAUCUUGUAUUCCAAUGGGAUGACCGGUCUUGGGCGCUGUUGGUGGAUACGGACGAGGAUUCUGCCUUGAUUGUGACAGGUAAUCUUUCCAGUUAUGACCCUGGAACAAUGAAUAUAACCACCAUGAACGUUACAGAAUUAUCAUCUUAUCAAUUAUACAUUUAUCUGUAUGAUUAUAAGGAUUAUUUUGCCACAUAUAAUCGAAGUUGGUGUGCAAUCCGGAAUGGUCCAUCUUUAUUAUCAUCUGAUCAUUAUGAAACUUCCUAUACUACAAGAAGUGGUGGCUUACAACAACAAUUUUAUAUCACUGGUCUUAACACUUCAACCACAUACAUUGCAUAUUUAGUAUCAGAUUUCCGAGGUAGUGCGUUUGGUGGAGCUGUUUAUCAACCAUUUGAGUUCACCACCAUGGAAAAUAAUGCUUGUGAAUUGAUUUAUGACUUGGAUUUUUGUGAUAAAGUGGCAUAUUCAGUUCCUAGUAGUUCCAAUAUGAAACAAGAUGAAUUAAAACAAGCAUAUGAUAAUCGAGCAGAAGAAUUAUAUGGGAAUUUUUCUAAGGCUCUUCAACAAAUUCCUUGUGAUACUAUAUCGGAUGCAAUCUUUUCACCAAUUACUUCAUGUAAACAAUGUGCAGCUUCUUAUAAGAAUUGGUUAUGCGCCAUAACUAUUCCUCGAUGUCUGACUAGAAAUAUUACAGGUUACAAAAAUCGACCAGUAAAUGAUUCAAGAUCUGAAUUUAUAAAUGAAGAGAUAGUACCUCCUUUGGAUUAUUAUGAAGUAUUACCAUGUGUUAAUGUAUGUCAUGCCAUUGCUAGAGAUUGUCCUGCUCAAUUUGGAUUUAGGUGCCCAACCAAAAUCUCACAGAUAAGCAAGUCAUACUACUGGGAUAUUGAAGGAGAAUAUGCUUCUUGUAAUUAUUUGGGUAAAACAUAUGUAAAAAGUGGUGCAUUAAAAUUGGAAUCAACUUACUUAUUGUUGUUACCGAUGAUUUUAUUUUAUUUGAUAUAAAAAAAGGCUAAAGAAGAAAUAGAUAAAAAAAACAAUUUUGGGUGCAUGCAAUAUUAAUGAUAUAAAUGAAAGAGUAAAUAGAACUAGAUAGAUAAUAAGAC